AAAAAAACAGAUCCAAGAUGCAGCAGUGGAGACGCCUCAACCAAAACCCACCAAACGACCUCAACCUGAUCCUACCCAGCAAGACGCUGACUCACCAAAGAAAAAGAAAAAGAUGAAAUUAAACACAGAACAAGAAGAGAAUUCCUCAAAGGAAAACCAGCCGCCAAAGACAAAGAAAGAGCUGAAGAAAAAGAAGGGAUUGCUGACGAAGGAGGAUGAAAGCGGUGCCGUGACUGCUGAGCCUCCUGAAGUUGACUCCUCUCCACUUUCAAAGGAAAACAAGAAGAAGAAAAAGAAGAGAAUGAAGGCUGGAGAAGACGAGGGGACAAACGAGAGCUCAACUCCCGUGACUGUGAGCGAAGAUGUCCCUGCAAAGAAAAAAAGUAAAAAAGAGAGGAACAGAUUGAAGGAGAAUCUGGAAGAGACAGAACCUGCUGCAGAUGAACAAAGUCCUGCUUCUUCUAAGAAAAAGAAAUCCAUCAAAAGGCUGAUCAACUCUGAUUAAAUCUGGUGCAUUCUCAAAUCAGACAUCGAGGAGAAGAACUGUAUCUUGGACGAAGCCCCAAAAAAGCAACAGGACAAUCUGUAAAAUGUUAUUGCCUUUAUUGCAUAUAUAUCUGUUCUCAGAAACAUGGAGAUUUCUGAGGGGACAUCGGUGUUUUCAUUCAUGUAAAACUAUUCUUUCUCUGAAAACUGUGAAAACAAUAUGACCAACGUUAACCGUUGCAGUUUGGAGUUUGUUUUGUUUUUUUUGAAAGGGAGAGCUGCUCUGGUUGUUGGUUGGAUGAUGCUAAUUUUAUGACAAGCUUCCGAUGAUACCUCGUUACUGGAUUUUUGAGGUCAGUACUAAUAGAUAAAUUGCACACAGAUUCAGAUGACAAUAUAAUGAUCUACACUUUAAAGCCCGAACAAUGAAUUUGAUUCUGAUCCCCUCUAUUUCCUUUGAAUGAGUUUUGGCUAAAAUACAUACUAAGCAGAGCAUUUUAUGUUGUUAGAAUCAAACUACUAGAGAAAGUAUGGACAAGAGACACUGUUUAUAAAUUAUCACCUCAAACUAAAUUUAUCACUACUUUACUGCAAUUUGUUGUUACUUAACAGCUGAUUUAU